GACGCAGAGCCCGCGGGGGAGGAGUGCAGCUGGGCCGGCCUUUUCUCCUUCCAAGACUUGAGGGCUGUGCACCAGCAGCUGUGCUCGGUCAACUCGGAGCUGGAGCCCUACCUGCCUGCCUUCCCCGAGGAGCCCUCGGGCAUGUGGACGGUGCUGUUCGGAGCCCCAGAGCUAUCCGAGCAGGAGAUGGAUGCUCUCUGCUACAACCUGCAAGUUUACUUGGUUCACAGCUUGGAUACCUGUGGCUGGAAGAUCCUUUCGCAGGUGCUCUUCACGGAGACUGACGACCCUGAAGAGUAUUAUGAGAGUCUGAGUGAGCUGCGACAGAAGGGAUACGAGGAGGUGCUGCAGCGGGCCCGCAGGCGAAUCCAGGAGCUUCUGGAAAAACAUAAGAACACGGAAAGCAUGGUAGAACUGCUUGAACUGUAUCAAUUGGAAGAUGAAGCCUACAGUAGCCUUGCAGAAGCUAUCACAGAGCUCUACCAGUACUUACUACAGCCAUUCCGAGAUAUGAGGGAGCUUGCGAUGCUUAGAAGACAGCAGAUAAAGAUCUCAAUAGAGAAUGACUACCUAGGCCCCAGAAGAAUUGAGAGUCUGCAAAAAGAAGAUGCUGAUUGGCAGAGGAAAGCCCACAUGGCUGUGCUUUCUAUUCAAGAUCUUACAGUUAAAUACUUUGAAAUAACGGCUAAAACACAGAAAGCUGUGUAUGAUCGAAUGCGAGCAGACCAGAAAAAAUUUGGUAAGGCAGCAUGGGCAGCAGCAGUGGAACGUAUGGAAAAGCUUCAGUAUGCAGUUUCAAAGGAGACAUUGCAGUUGAUGCGUGCUAAAGAAAUCUGUUUGGAGCAGAAGAAACAUGCACUGAAAGAGGAGAUGCAGAGCCUGAAAGGUGGUACAGAAGCCAUAGCCCAUUUGGACCAGUUAGAAGCUGAUUAUUAUGAUCUACAGCUUCAAUUAUAUGAAGUGCAGUUUGAGAUCUUGAAAUGUGAAGAGCUGCUGCUGACAGCACAACUUGAAAGCAUAAGAAGACUGAUGUCAGAGAAGAGAGAUGAAGUGGUAUAUUAUGACACUUACGAAAGUAUGGAAGCCAUGCUUGAAAAAGAGGAUAUGGCAACAUCUAUACACUUGCAAAAAGAGGAGCUGCAAAAGUUACAACAAAAAAUCCGCCAGCUGGAAGCAAGGCGUGGACGUAUUUCAGCCAAGAAAGCCUACCUCAGAAAUAAGAAGGAGAUCUGUAUCGCAAAGCAUAAUGAAAAGAUCCAGCAGCGCCACCAGGGUGAGGAGGAAUACAAAAUGCACCAUGCUGUUCAGCUAAAGCGAGAUCAAUUACAAGAUGAAGAGGAAAGAAAGAGCUCCUGGGUGAGUCAAGAACGACAGAAAACACUGGACAGACUCCGCAAAUUUAAGCAGCGGUACCCUGGGCAAGUAAUACUUAAAUCAACAAGACUACGGCUGGCGCAUGCCAGAAGAAAAUGUGCAGCCAGCUCAGUGUCCUGUGUCGAUCAACCUCAAUCUUUGCCAGCAACCAUACAAAUCCAAGAGAAAAGUGAAGAGGUGGAAUUGGAAAAUGCAGUUCAGCCUUUGCAAGUUCAGGAAUCCACAAGCUUAGAACAACUUAAUGAUAUCUCGUUACCUCCCAAUUGUGUUGCCUCCGAACUGCCUCAUAUUAGUACCUCUCCACUCACCAGUAACGAGCUUCAACCAGAGACUCUUGCUGUAGUACCACUUCCACCCCCUUUGCCUCCACCACCUCCCCCUCCGGCUCCACCUUUGCCCUCCAAGGAAGAUGCCGCUAAAUCCUUAGAGAAAAGCAACAGCUUGGUUAAACGUCAGAGUGAGGAGAAGGGAGUUCAGCAUUCUUCUGGUGUCCCACCAGCACAUCUGUUUGACAGCAGUCAGCUAGUCAGUGCCAAGAAGAAGCUUAAGAAGACCGGUGAUCUGGAGGGUUUACCGAAAAGGAGAGUGAGUUCCCCGAUGGAUGAAGUGCUGGCUUCCUUGAAACGUGGCAGCUUUCACUUGAGAAAAGUUGAGCAGAGAAGUCUUCCUCCUUUUCCUGAUGAAGAUGAUAGCAAUAACAUCUUGGCACAGAUCAGGAAAGGGGUGAAACUGAAGAAAGUGCAGAAGGAUGUUUCGAGAGAAUCCUUUACAAUUCUGCCUGAUACUGACCCUCUGACAAAGAGCAUCCAUGAAGCAUUGCGACGAAUUAAGGAAGCGUCACCUGAAUCAGAGGAUGAAGAGGAGAGUUUACCUUGCACAGACUGGGAAAAUUAA